UGUCAACAGUCCGUGGUGGUGUCGUGAUUCAGGCUCGCGGAGCUCUUGUAGUCUUGGUGACGGAGAGAGCUCUCUCCUCUCACCUGCCAUGUUCAUACAAAAACCAAAAUAACACCGAAAAGGAUGAUUUUUAUUUAAACUACACGUAUUUUCCGACAACAGUGGCAGCCUACAUGAUUGGAAAAUGCAUCAUCAUCAUCGGAGCUAACGUUACACACCACCUCUUGGCCUAUAUGAAGCAUAAUAAGGAAUAUAAACUGCAGUGAUCUUGGUGCUUUUAUCAUUACAGGAAACUACCAUCUGUAUUGUGAUAUACUGGUGAUAUUAAAGAUCCAAUCUUCAGCACCACAGCAACACUAGUGGUCCUUAAAGGCACAUUACAGGGAUUUUAACAUCUGGAUGACAAGUAGCAGAUAGAGAUAGAUUAACUGCAGGGUCAUCAUGCACAGCCCUGCUCCUGAGAUUGUGGCAGGGUACCCAAGUGGGUGUGUAGCGGAUAAAGAUGCCAAUCCGGAGACCACCCUGGGGAGUGCCUACUCUCCGGUGGACUACAUGAGCAUCACCAGCUUCCCAAGGCUCCCAGAGGAUGACACGCUGUCUGCAGAGAACACCCAAAAAUCACGCAAAGAGGAUGACAACGUCCUGAGUGAGCAAGAUACAGACCCAGAUCUGUUUCUGAAGUCGGCUCGCCUCCAGCGUCUCCCCUCCUCAGCUUCGGACCUGGCCAGCCAUGAUAUUGCGUCCCUGCGGGAGACCACCAAAGACCCCUUUACAGAAGACUGUGCCUGUCAGCGAGAUGGACUCACGGUCAUCAUCACAGCUUGUCUCACCUUCGCCACAGGAGUCACUGUAGCUCUCAUCAUGCAGAUCUACUUCGGAGACCCACAGAUCUUUAACCAAGGGGCAGUGGUGACAGAUGUGGCGCAGUGUACAUCUCUUGGCUUUGACGUUCUGGGGAAACAGGGGUCCAGUGUUGACGCUGCCAUCACUGCUGCCCUCUGUCUGGGGAUUGUCCACCCUCACACUUCUGGUAUUGGAGGUGGUGGGGUUAUGUUGGUGCAUGACAUCCGUAAGAACGAGACGAGGGUCAUUGACUUCAGAGAGACGGCACCGUUGGCCAUAAACGAGAAGAUGCUGCAGAAGACACUUGAUCUUCAUCCUGGCCUGCUGGUGGGAGUACCCGGCAUGCUCAGUGGGAUGCAUCAGGCACACCAGCUCUAUGGCAGAAUGCCUUGGAAGGAUGUGGUUGCCAUGGCAGCAGAUGUGGCCAGAAAUGGAUUUAAUGUUACUCACGACCUAGCUGAAGCUCUGGCUGAAGCGAAGAACCAAAACAUGCCGGAUGCAUUUCGUGAUUUGUUCCUACCCAACGGCGAGGCUCCCCUGUCCGGGCUGUUCACCAGACGUCUGGAUUUAGCAGCCAUCUUGGAUGCUGUUGCAGCGAAGGGGCUGUCGGAGUUCUACAGUGGAAACCUGACACAGGAAAUGGCAGCAGCAGUGCAAGCAAGAGACGGAGUGCUCACAGAGGAUGACUUUGGAAACUACAGCACAGUCUUACAGCAGCCAGCAGAGAUAACCUUUCAAGGACACCAUGUGAUGACAGCCCCGGCCCCACAUGCAGGUGUUGCCUUGAUCACUGCUCUCAACAUCCUGGAAGGCUACAACAUUACCAGCCAGGUUCCCAGGAACAGCACCUACCACUGGAUUGCAGAGGCUGUGAAGAUAGCUCUUGCCCUUGCUAGUGGGCUGGGAGACCCCAUGUAUGAAGCUUCUGUCUCAGAGAUUGUCGCCAAGAUGCUGAGUAAAUCAGAGGCUUCCCUACUCCGCCAGAUGAUCAACGACUCUCAGGCCUUCCCUGUCAGCCAUUACACUCCAUCAUUCACCUUGGAGACGGGUGCGACAGCUGCCCAAGUCAUGGUCAUGGGCCCAGAUGACCAUAUCGUGUCAGUCAUGAGCUCUCUAAACAAACCAUUCGGCAGCAGGAUAGUGACUCCUUCAGGAAUCCUCUUGAACAGCCAGAUCCUGGAUUUCUCCUGGCCUAAUAAAACACAGGGAUCAUCACCUAACCCACGUAACAGUGUCCAGCCUGGGAAGAGGCCCAUGUCCUUCCUGUUGCCCACAGCAGUGAGGCCUGCCAUCGGGUUAUGUGGCACAUAUGUAGCCGUUGGAUCUUCCAAUGGAGAGAAAGCUCUCAGUGGCAUCACACAGGUGCUGAUGAAUGUUCUGUCUUUGCGUAAAAAUAUGAGUGACAGCUUGGCAUAUGGAAGACUCCACCCGCUUCUGCAGCCCAACACCCUCCUGGUGGACGCUGAGUUUCUGGAGGAAGAUGUGACGCUGCUGCAGGCCAAAGGUCACGAGGUGGAGAGGAGAGGUGUUCUCUCAUUGGUGGAGGGCACCCGGAGAACCAAUGACCUCAUCAUAGGGGUGAAAGACCCCCGUAGUGCUGAUGCCUCCGCCCUCACUAUGUCCAAUAUGCCCUAGUGCACCACCUUGCCCCACACUCGCACAUAAUUAAGAAGGGGUAAGAGCAACACUGUAUGAUCGAUGGUUAGUGAGUAAGGAGGCUGAUCAUCACCUAAUACACUAAACAUAAGUUAAUGGAAAAGUACAGUCAACAAAAAGACACACAGCUUUGUCUGAGAUGACCUUGUAGGAAUCCAAUAUGGAUCCUCCUAUAGAUUUUAUUUUCACCAUCUCACAUACCGAUGUUGGUAUGCCCUCUCUCACAGCCUCAAGUAACAUUCAGUUGCAGUGUAGAUGGUGUUCAAAAUGUCUCUCACUUAAUGGCAUCAGUCAGAGUCUGCAGCCUAUAUUACACAGAGCAGGGCGUGUUCAUAAAUUCAGAUCUGAUGCACUCCAGGUCCACUUUGAGAAAGCAAUACACCCAAGAGGGUUAGAGCAGAUUUACUUAGUACGUCUUACAUAAUAAGAAGAAAAUGGAAGAGUAUAAUGGCUAGUUUUACAAUGUUGAGUGACAGCUAGUUUUUGUCCUGCGAGGUACUGAGCGGGACAUUCAAGAGUGUUGCACUCUGAAUGAAAUGGAUGAACAAAUUGAUUCUUUGCACGAAUGGGCAGACAUGAAAAAAAGUAAUGAUGUCACACCAUCAAGUCACCAUUUACAACUCGUGCAUGGUCCUCCACCUUUCUGCUUGUCUUCCCCUGCAUUUCACCAUCAUUUGAAAUAACACCUGAGAUCACACGGGAUGGUGAAGUUAAUAAUAUUUAAACCAGUGAUGAAGCCUUGCAUUGUCACACCUAAACUAGACUAUCCUAAACUGAACACUGAGGCUAAACCAUCCACUGUCCUGCUCUUGAUAUGGUGUGUAACUGUGAUUAGAUGUUGUUUGGUGCAGCUGCUGGAGUGUUAACUGUUGCAAAAAAAUCAGUGGCUCCUUGGGGCCAUGUUCAGACUAACACAUUAACACAAAAUACGUCAUUCAGAAUUAAUCAUUAAUUUUCUUAAACAAGAGGAUUUGUUAAAUAUUACUAAUGAUAGAAUAUGUGUAUUUAAAUAUGUAAUUUAAGAAAUUUUAGUUGUUGCAUGAUUUUGUUCUCAUUUAAACCUGUCGCUUUACCUAUUUUUUUUUUUUAUUUAGAGCAGAGAUACUUGUUUUUAGAAUGGGAAUAAUCUGAUUCUCUACAGAUUGAUUGAAUGUAAUCUGUCUAUUUUUAUAUGAACAUUUGUUGGGCUGUAUACAUUAUUUCUACUGUUGUAACACAAUGCAUUCAAUCGGCUCAUUUUAGAAAAGGCUGUUAUGUUUAUUUUUUGUGUUCUUGUGUAAUUAUUUUAGGUAAUAUAUUUGAAGUGACAGCUUUUGUAAAGCAUUGCAUUUUAGAAGCGUUUCAAUUUAAUUCCAGGAUGGAUCUCUGUUUUUGGGCACUAGUGCAAUACGACCGUUGAUGCUUGUUUCCUGUACUGUAGAGUACCAUGCCUUAAGGUACGCAUUUGCAUAACACCUGAUGUUUGAUUCCACAUACAUUUGUAUCUGAUUUUAAUAAAAAUCAGCACUGUCCAAACACAAGAAAUAAAUUAUUUGCACACAUCCUAA